AUUCUCAUUUUUUAUAGCCCACGCAGGUAAAACGUAUAUUUGCACACGGUCCCUAAGUAUUACCUGUGUACAUAAACAAAACGUAGGUCUAUCGUAUUUUUGCACACGGCCCCUAAGUUUUGGCACACGGCCCUCUUUACAGGUGAUGCAACAGGUAUAUAAAGCCUAGGUAUUUUUUGCACACGGCUCAUAGCAGGUAUAUAAAGCAAAAAAACUGUCAAAUUUGAUCAUUCUGCGUGAGCACUGAACACAGGUGAAAAAAAGAAAGCAAGGAUGAAUACUUCAGAAAAUUCCCAGUAUUAUGUGACACCUGAAGGAUACGUAGGAGCUCCCAUGACAGAGAUAAUAAGGGAUGCCGUGGAAUUGGAUUUGAAUUUGGACAUGAUUAAUUUUCAUGAGGACAUGAAUAAAGAAGAUAUGGGCAUUUUAAACACCACUUUAGACGGAAUUGUGAACAUGCUAUCUGCUCUGGAUAACAAACUGAAUCAUCUGAACACCAAGAUGAAUGAUGUGGAUAACAAGGUAAAUAAAUUGAACACCAAGGUGAGUGCUCUUGAAAACAAGCUGGAUAAACUGAAAUGUUACAACAGCCGUGGAUUUUGUUACAUUAGUGGCCUAUUAUCCCCAAUCACAAGGUCAUUCACGGGAAAAACAACAAAAAUGAGAGAAGAAGGAGGAAACACUGACCAGAAAAAAGAAGAAGAAGGGACCCAGGGCGGAUCAGGAGAGAGUAAGAAACAAAUGGAUCCAUGCUAUGUAAUGGAAAAAGACAUAGAGAAAAAACCUCGGGAAACCAAAAGGAAAAGACCCCUGACCAUAGAGCCUUUGGAGGAUGAGGAAUUGGUGAUGCUUCCCGUGCGAGAGCUCAAUCGUCGUUUGCAGGGAAUGACAAAGGAGGAGGUGAAGAAACUCAAACAAAAACGCAGGACAUUAAAAAAUAGAAGCUACAUGCAAAAAUCCAGAUCAAAAAGAAUGCAACAGGGCAGUGUAUUGGAGAAAACUACUAGAUGAUUAAUUUGAAGGGUAUUUAGAUUUUGAUUAAAAG